GCUGAGAAUGUCCCAGGACCAAGACAAGCCAGGUAGAAGUGAAAGAAACUCAGGUGGGUCUGAAGAUGACCAGCAGGACAUCUUAGACAAUCCAGAACAGUCUGUCAGAAAGAAGAUUAGACAAAAUACACCAAGCCCAAGCAAAAGCAAUAUGCCUCAAGCUAGCCCCCCUCAGUUUGUUUCAGUGGAGGAGCUGAUGGAAACAGCAAAAGGUGUAACUAACAUGGUAUUAGCCCAUGAGAUUGUUGUCAAUGGAGGUUUCCAGAUUAAACCCGCAGAAUUACCAGAAAACAGCCUAGAAAAAAGAGUCAGAGAUAUUGUCCACAAAGCUUUUUGGGAUUGUCUGGAAGCCCAGUUAAAAGAAGAUCCACCAUCAUAUGAUCAUGCAAUUAAGCUUGUGGGAGAGAUCAAAGAGGCUCUUCUGACCUUUUUGCUACCUGGUCACACUAGAUUACGAAAUCAGAUUACUGAAGCUCUAGAUCUGGAGCUGAUAAAACAGGAGGCAGAAAAUGGUGCCCUUGACAUUUCUAAGCUGGCAGAAUUCAUCAUUGGAAUGAUGGGGACUCUCUGUGCUCCAGCUAGAGAUGAAGAAAUAAAGAAGCUGAAAGAGAUUCAUGAAAUAGUUCCCCUGUUCAGAGCAAUUUUCUCUGUGUUGGACUUGAUGAAAAUGGACAUGGCUAACUUUGCUGUUAGCAGCAUUAGACCACACUUAAUGCAGCAGUCAGUUGAAUAUGAAAGGAAGAAGUUUCAGGAACUGUAUGAGAAGCAGCCAAAUUCCCUUGCCUUUGUCACUGAGUGGCUGCAAGAAGCUGCUGAUGACCUGAGGUCCAAAAUUCUGCCUGCUGUUGGUGAUGGUGCUGCAUCUUCCAGUAGAACUCCUACACUGUGUCCUCUUGCUGUGCAGAACCAUGCAUACCUUAAGCUGCUCAAAUGGGAUCAUCUGCAGAAACCAUUUCCAGAGACUUUGCUGAUGGACCAAACGCGCUUUCAGGAAAUGCAGUUGGAACUGGGCCAGCUCAUCUUAACAGGCGCUGUUCUUCUGGUAACAUUCAAUGCAGCAGGCACAGCCCUUUCAGGCUUGCCAGGCUUUACCGACAAGCUCAAAAUGGCUAUCCGUGUGCUGCUGACUGGGCUACACCUUCCCUCCUUCAAUUUGACUGAGGGUUUGGCUACCGUCAGCGAAAAGGUCUGUGCUGAAGUGAAUAGUUGUCUUUCCCAACAUGGAUUCACACCAUUCACACUUGAAAAAGAGAAUGUGCUUAAAGGACAGAUCCAGGCUCUGGCCAGUCCUGAUAAUUCCAUCUGCAAACUGAUAGAUUCUAGAAGCCAGAUGUUUUUAGAAAACUACCUUGCAUUUGGUUAUCAGAAAUCCAUUCCUGGUGGAUUAGGUCCUAUUCAGCGAGAGCUAGAGGAAAUUGCUGUCAAGUACAUUCGCCUUGUUAACUACAACAAGAUGGUCUUUAGUCCUUACUAUGAUGCAGUGCUCAGCAACAUACUGAGUAAAGAAGAAACAGCUCACUUGCAAGGAAAACUGGAAGAUGAUUAACUCCAGGGUUUUGUUCUUGACAGUAAAGCUUUAAUGCAGAGUAGUGCAAUAAAAGGCUGCAUGCCCAUUCUGUUACACUGAUGUUUUUACCAGAAUUAUGAGGGUUGAAAAACAGAUAUGGGACUCCUAUGAUCAGUCUUGGCAUCCUGUCCUCUCCUUCUGCUGUCACAGAUUGGUGGCAUUGAGGUACCUGAGGGAAACCUGACAUAGUAUCAAUGAAUUGAUAUGCAAUCUGGGAAUGGGAAAUACCAAGAUUACUUGCUCAGUUCUUCCUGGUUCUGCCCCACUAAUCAGUACUGUGAUGAGGAGCUUUGUUAAGAAGUUCCAUGCAGAGCUGUUCUGCUAUUGGGAGUAUACUAAAUCAUGUCCCCUAUUCCCUCUGGCUACUUGUUCAAGGUACACAGGUAAGAUGUGCCAUGAGUCCAUCCCUCUGGCAUGACAGUUUUCCUUCUACAUCAGAUGCAUGCAGGGAAGCCGAUUUCUGUGCACUGGAUCAGGGCAAUUUAUCUGUUGUUGACACCAUGCAAUCUUUGGAAAAUGGCUUGCCUGCAAAACAUUUAAGUAAUUGAAUAGCAAUGAUUGAGUGCGAAGCUGAUACAUCAGAGAGGUGAAGGGUAAGUGCAAAUGCACAAGCUUAAUAUUUAAUUCCAAACAAAUAGAAGAGCUAGAAGUUUUUUAAUUCUAUCUCUAGAAUAUAAAGAGAGAUGAAAAGAAUACUUUGAUGUUUUUCUGUUUACUGUUAAGGUAGCAUGAACCUUGGUGCAAAAGAGAUAACUUCUUUCUACACUACAAUUUGUAAAGCCUGUUGUGAAAGUAACUUAAAUGUCCACAUAUAUGUAAAUUGAAUACUGGUAGUUAAAGCAUUAAGGCCAUUAGACUUUCUGCCAGCCACAUUUUUAAUAGAUUUGCUUCUUGACUUGCAGGUACAUAUAUUUUUGUAUUUUUUAAUUCUUUCCAAUAGUGACGAGCUGUCAACUUACAGACUUGCUUCUCUCUGAGGAUAUGUGGAAACAAAACCUCUUUUGAUGCACAUGAUUCUCAUUUUACUGCUCCUGCUGACAUGGAAUAUUAAAUGUAGACAUGCAAAACUUUACAUCUGUAGAAACUGUAUAAUAUAUGUCCACUGACUUUCAUACUAGACUCUAUACAUGUUAAAGUUUUGCAACUGAGAAUAGGAACUAUGUUUCUAGCUUAAAAAGCCCUCUGUUGAAUGAGAAGACCCUGAUCCAUGUGCUCUUUGUGCACAGCUGCAGGAUACCACUAGCCUGCUGUGGGCUAGGCCCACACAGCAACUGCAAGCAUGCUUCUGGACCUGGCCCAGGCAGAAGAAGACUGCUUCCAGGCACGUGUCACGUUUGCUGGAUUGGGAUGGAAGACUUUAUUUGUAUAUUAGGCACAGGAGUGUUAAAUUUAUAGCAGAAAUGAGCUAUUUUAAACUUUUCAUGGAAUUUAUGGAGAAGGUAUUGCUGGGGUUUUUUUUAAUCCAGAGUUCAUAAACUUCUGUAGUAAAUUUGAAUACUGGAGAAAAUUAAAUGUGUUUCUUAAAUAGGUGUCCAGUAAAAUGAUUUUCAGUAUCAGAAGCCUGACUAUUAUGUAUGAAAAAAACAAGGAAACAAGAUUACGUGUUCAGAAAACCGCUUUUUCUUGGGAAAAAAAAUUCAGUAAUUAUAUGGCAUUUCGUUUGUAAGGAAGUAAAACACAAGCUUAAAAAGCAUUUUUACUUUAGUUCCAUUAACUGACACAUACUCUAAAGCAGGGGUGGCCGAAUUUGCUUAAUGUAGGUGCCACACAGAAUAACCAUCAGAUGUUAGAAAGCAGAGAGGAAGGAAGGAAGGAAGAUGGGGAGGCAGAGGGAUGGAGAGGUGGAAAAAAAGAAACUUUAAAUGCCUUCUCCAAGCCAGCUGACAGAGUGGUGGGGGCUUCAAGAGUCACACAAUAUGUGUGAAAGAGCCACAUGUGGCUCCCGAGCUGCGGUUUGGCCACUCCUGCUCUAAAGUAAGAAGUUUGAUUACAGUUUUGACUCUACAGAUGAGUGAACUUGACUGCAUCAUCAACCAGGAAAAUAUACGUACUUGAUCAAGCACUUUGUUUUAUGUGUAUGUAACAGAUUUGUCUUGAUGUGUCUUAACUUCUCUCAGAUCAUUGGAUUAAGAUGACUGUCUUUAUGUGGAAGUGCUCUCCAUUUUGUAGUGCUCACAGGAUUUGAAUUCAUGGCAAAUGUCAAACAGGUUUUUCUUUGUGAGAAAGUUCAGUAACCUGCCUUGGCAUAUCAAGUAUCAAACCAAUUCUUUUAAUCUAGAAAACCAUUAAGCUAUAAUAUGUUCUAAACUAUAUAUGUGUAAGUAUCAUUGAUUUAAAGGGUGCUGAAUUAGGCUGGAUUGUGCCAUUCUAGGAUAUCCAAACAAAAUUAAUGCUUUUAGGUCACUGUAGCCUAAUUAGGUUUUGCUUUAGAAUUAAGAUAUGACAUGCUUAAUUGUUGCUGCCACUACAAAGCAUUAAAUUUGAAGAUGAGGAAAUUCAGUAUUCUAUCAUAUUCUGUUAUAUAGUGUUUGGAGUUCCCUUAUGUAUUUCCUUGAAGGUUAUUAAGAAUGCUAACUUGUUGCUGCUGUCUAAAUAUCAGUCUAUGCCUUUCCUCCACCUUAAAUGUGAGAUUGUAACUCAACUCAUCUGUAAUAAAUACCUUUUGUGGAAUGGUC